UUCCCUGAAAUCACUACUCAACAUCACAAGAUCACCUGCUUCUUCUUCAUGACCUCAAAGAAAAUCCAUGGAGAGGCAGAGGAGUUUCUCCAUCAAGCCUUCCAAGCUCCUCUUCUUGUCCUUCACCAUCUCCUCCUCCCUUCUCUUCUUCUUCAUCUUCUCCUUUUGGUUCCUCACCCCUUUAUCAUCAUCAUCCUCCUCUUACACCAACACCAUUCACUCCAUUAAUGGCCUCCAAACCUUGAAAGCUCAGCCCUUUGCUUUCUCCAAAGAUAUUCUCUUUGAUGCCACUGCUCAAAAUCCAAUCUUGGUCACUGCCCAUCUGAAUCCAACCCCUGAAAUCCCUCUGAAUUAUUCACUGAAGAAUGAGAGUUCUGUGCAUUCUUCUAGAAAGGAGGCAGCUUUGAUUGUUGAUAAGAAUGGAGAAAAGGAGGUUGGAAGCACUUGUGAUGUUUCUGAUGGAAAAUGGGUUUAUGAUUCAAAGUAUCCUUUGUAUACAAAUGAUUCUUGUCCAUUCAUUGAUGGAGGUUUUAGUUGUGAGGCAAAUGGUAGAUUGGAUAGGGAGUAUUUGAAGUGGAGGUGGCAGCCAAAUGGAUGUAACAUCCCAAGAUUUAAUCCUGUGAAAAUGCUUGAGCUGAUUAGAGGAAAAAGACUGGUUUUUGUUGGUGAUUCAAUUAAUAGAAACCAGUGGGAAUCCAUGCUAUGUAUGUUGAGAGGAGCCAUUAGAAAUCCUAAUCGGGUUUUCGAGGCUCGUGGUCGAAGAAUCACAAAAGGAAGAGGAAAUUAUAACUUUAAAUUUCCGGACUACUCUUGUAGUGUUGAGUACUAUGUAACUCACUUCUUGGUGCAUGAGAGUAAGGCAAGAAUUGGGCAUAAGAGAUCAAAAACAUUGCGAAUCGAUACAAUCGAUAGGAGUUCUUCUAGAUGGAGAGGAGCUGAUAUCUUGGUCUUCAAUACUGCCCAUUGGUGGUCACAUUACAAGACUAAAGCCGGAGUGAAUUACUACCAAGAAGGCGAUAUGGUUCAUCCCCGUCUUGAUGCUUCUACUGCCUUUCGGAAAGCUAUGAUGACUUGGGCUUCAUGGGUUGAUCGGCAUGUCAAUCGAGCCAAAACCCGAGUUUUUUUCCGAAGUUCAUCACCAUCUCAUUUCAAGGGUGGUGAAUGGAAUUCCGGGGGGCAUUGCCAAGAGAGCACUCACCCUUUAAACGACACAACUAAUCGGGCAUCACCGGAGAAAAACAAGAUCGUAGAGGACGUUGUAAAGCAAAUGAGAACUCCGGUGACUAUUUUGAACAUCACCAAUUUAUCAGGACUUAGAAUAGAUGGUCAUCCCUCAAUAUAUGGGCGAAAGGCCGGCAAAGGAUUUCGAUCAAUCAUUCAGGAUUGCAGCCAUUGGUGUCUUCCUGGAGUUCCUGAUACAUGGAAUGAACUCUUGUAUUUUCAUUUGCUUUCUCAACAGAAACAAACUCUUACAAGCUAACUUGUACUCUUCCAUUGCAAUUUUUUUAAUGUAAGUUUUGAAUUAUAA